AUGAGCAGACAUUCCCGGAUCGUGCUCUUCCUCGCCCUGGUCCUGGUCGACUUCAUUUGCUGCUCAGCAAGCCCCACCUCCCGAUGCUGGCUUGACUACUCCCAGAUUCCUUACACCGCACUCCCGCGCGACCUGGAGUUGGACUAUGGGACUACAGCGAGAGAACUUGGUUCUGGCACAUCGGGCUCUGUGCUUCUGCUUCUGCGGCACGCCGACAAUGCGACGGUAGCGGUCAAGCGGUUCCACAACGCCGCCGAAGAUGAAGAUCGACAUGACCUUUUGACUCAAAGAAUCAAGCUUGAGUAUCAUCUCGGAACUCUCCUGAACGGCCAUCCUGGCAUCUCAGAGUCUUUUGACCUCCUCCUGGAAGAAGGUUCCUUGACCUGGUUUCUGGUGACGGAGUUCUGUCCCCGGAGCCUGGCAAAGGAGCAUCGAUCAAUCGGCGCGCAGUCGCUCACAGAGAUAUUCCGCAGCGUUGUCGAAGCCGUCGAGCAUAUGCAUGCUCUGGGCAUCGCACAUGGAGAUCUCAAGCUAGAGAACGUCCUUUUGACGGCCGACGGACGACCCAAGCUGAUCGACUUUGGUGCCGCCACCUUCUCCGGCUGUCCCACAGAAACCCCAGGCUCGGCAGACGCGGUCAACGUCGUCCCUGGAGACUACGGCACCACGGCUUACAUGCCGCCUGACGUCUUCACGCAGCUCGAGUUCGACAAGGCGAAAGCCGAUGUGUGGGCCCUCGGGGUUUUGUUCUUUGCCAUGAUGACGGGAUCGGUUCCAUGGUCGUCUGCUUCAAUCGACGACCCCCGCUACCAAGCCUACGUGACACCGCAGCCCCUCGAUGACGGGUUCAGCUCACACCAUUGUCCUAACUGGGACAAAUCAACGGUUCGAUUUCACACUUGUUCCACUGGAGCCAUGCACCUCCUACAACGACUGCCGGCUAACGCAAGGGACAUGGUUGCCUCGAUGCUAGUGCCUGAACCACAGGAUCGGCCGUCUGUCCAGACUUUAUUGGCGUCUUUGUCCCAGAGAUAAAGAUCUUUGGGUUGCACUCGGCAACCGUGGACACGAGGACGUUGAACUACGGGUGUAGUAACGGUGAAGUAGCAAUGGCAUAUUUGUCAAGUACUGGUCCAAAAACCGUCCACAUGAGCGAAACGGUGCUUAUGGCAUCUCAAGGGACUGAUAGUAGCACACGCUGCAUAAUGAUUCGCUCCUAUAUCCGACACAGAGCCACCCG